AUGCCUCCAAAGAAUGCACUUCGCGAAGCAGUUACACAAAUCAUGUAUACAUGUUCAGGCAAUAAAGAGCAAUACAACGAAACAGUAGAUACAGUUUUAGGCGCUUUACAAGUUUAUUUGACUCAAUUAACUAAGACAGCACUACAAAAUUCCCAAUCCGCUGGUAAAAUUUCAGCUGAUGAUAUUAUGAGCGCUCUCAAAAGCGAUCGUAGAAAGUAUUAUUUCCUUCAAACAAUUCAUGACAAAAAAGCUAAAACCGCAGCUCCAACACAUCCAGAUCAAUAG